AAAGAGAAAGAGAAAGAGAGAGAGAGAGAGAGAGAGGUAACUACUUAAGAAUAAGCUCUCUCUCUCUCUUAGUUCUCGAAGCUUCUUCGGCCCCCCUAACCCCCAUUCUCUCUCUUCUCUCUAUAUCUGUUCGCCAUGGCGGCCGCGGUCACCACCGCGGCCGCAGCGACCCCAUCCACCGCGGCAGCAUCUGCCCCACCCACCGCACGAAUCUCCAAGCAACCCUCCCCCUCCCCCUCCGCCUCCCCUCUCCGCCGCUCCGAAAAUCACAACAAUGCCGCUCUGCUUCGUCGCCCCAAAUCCAAAUCCAAGCCCAUCCCCUCCCGCUACCUCUCCACCACCACCCCUCCCUCCUCCUCCUCUUCUUCUUCCUCCUCCUCCUCCUCUACACGACGCUUCGCUUCCCCUCUCCCCACCCCCCGCUCCUCCUCCUCCUCCUCCUCCUCCUCCUCAUCCUCCAUUGCUGCCCCACUCCGCUCCUCCUCGGUCGACCGUGCGCGGCCCCACUGCGUCCCCGACCCCUCCGCGAAGCCCCUCUCCUCCUCCUCCUCCUCCUCCACCACCCGGAGCCUCUCCGUCUCCUUCCAGGGCGAGCCCUUCUUCUACUCCGCCGCUAGGGCCAGCACCACCUCCCCUUUCCCCUCCCGCAAACCCUCCCCCGAUCGCCGCCCUGUGGCGGCGAGGGCCCGCUCCGAGAACCCUAAACCCUCGCUCGAUCCCUCCCGCGGCGGCGGCGGCGGCGGCCGCCGAUGGCCCUCCGCCAAAACCCUAAUCUCCGAUCAGCUCGCCAAGAGCCUGGAUUUGUCCUCCGUCGACAAGGAGGACCCCAUCAUGGCCGCCAUCCACCUCCUGCGGCGCUCCAUCGCGGCGGAAGAUGGGUUCAGGCGCGCUUCCUUCGACGCGGCGGAGCUUUCCGUGUCUUCGGACACGGAGAGCGCUUCGUCGGGAAGCAAUUCCGGGUCUCUGGAAGCCCCGAUUCCCCCGGGGCGGGGCACGCCGGGGGGAACCACCGUUCCGGCGAGGUUUCUGCAGCAAACACCUUUGCCAGUACCUUCGCGUAUUUCGCGAGCCGCGCCGUCUCCAAAGACGGUGCCGGCGAAGAAGUCGUUGCUCAACGGGUUCUCUUGUUCUUCUCCAUCCCCUGCCUCUUCGACUAAGAAUGUGCCUCCGCCAUUGAAGAGGACGGCUAGUCCUUCUAGGGCUCGGAAUGGUUCUGCUGCGGAGCGCAUUUCGAAUGGUGGGCAAUGUCCUAAGAGCUCUUCGGUCAUAGGUUUUGGGGUUGAAGCGAGGAGAAGGAAGAGUGGGGAUAUCAAGGUUGAAGAAGCACACUUGUUAAGAGUGCUUUAUAAUAGGCUACUGCAGUGGUGGUGUGUUAAUGCUCGAGCUGGUGCCGCUUUUUUGGCACAAAAGGCAGCUGCGGAGAAAGAUUUGUAUGAUGCAUGGUGUGCCACCUCCAACAUUCGUGAUUCUGUUAUGCGUAGGAAGCUCGGGUUUCAACUACUUACACAGAAGUCUAAGCUUUUCUUCAUUCUAAAGGGACAAAUGGCCUAUUUGGAGGAGUGGUCAUUGGUAGAUAUAGACCAUUUAAGUUCUUUAUCAGGAGCUAUCGAAGCGUUAAAAACCAGUACUCUCCGCAUACCUGUUACAGAUGGAGCAAAGGCAGAGAUCCAAGAAGUGAAAAAUGCUGUGGGUUCCGCUGUUGAUGUUAUGCAGACAAUAGGGAGCUCAACAUGCUCUUUACUCUGGAAGGUAGCGGAGACGAGCUCGCUGGUAUCCGAACUAUCUAAAAUUGCUGCAGAAGAACGAGCACUGAUGGAACAGUCUAGAGAGCUAUUGUCAGCAGCAGCAGCAAUGCAUGUUAAACAUUAUAGCCUCCUAGGGCAACUAAUACAGCUAACUCGCCGAGAAAGCCAGAGGCAUUUGUAACACAAAGACUAAAGCCUGAACAACUAACCUCUCAGCGUAUAGCUAACUGGAGAUUGAUGCCAAAAAUUACAAAAAAUGGUAGUUCGAUGGGUGCGAACUGGGUGCUUUGAUUGUGAUCUCAACUAGGUAGCUGUUGCACAUAAUUUUGUUCCCUUACUUUACAGCACUUGUUAGUACCAGAGACGGGAAAAAAAAAAAAAAUCACAGCAUUAGCUGUUUAUUGGAGUUUUGGUCCCGUACCAAUCAAAGGGGAGUUGAUGCUGUAUAUAUCUGUUGGGCAAGAUGAGUUGGUUAUCUCUUUUGUUUUGGCACCAAUGUUUGGUACGUCCAACUCAUGUGGGUCCUUUUGUUCAUCUUCUCUAGAUCUCACGUGAAUAACUAUGUCCAAUCUCAGAUUGUGUAGCGCACCACAAUGAUAUGUUCUAUUGAAAGUUUGCUUUGAGCAUUA